AGAUCUAUUCACACGUCAAGGAGGUUUUAUAUUGAAACACAGCCUUUAAUUUGUGGAAUACUGUUGGUAAGCAAAAUUACUCAAAAGACAUGCAUAUUUCCUCACGGAUCAAAAGUCAGAAAUUGAAAUUAUGGUUGUCGUUUGUUGCUGGUGUUCUUGCCAAUGCGCUGUUGGGACCAUCGGAAAUAUUCUAUAUAUAUGCAAAUGAACUGCAAGUCAUAUUUAACGUCAAUAAGAAACAAGUUGAAAUGUUCGCGUCCAUCCAGACUAUAGGAAACGGAAUUGGAUUUGUGUUGUGUACGUUUACAGAUUCUAUAAAUCCCAUGUGCUUAUUGAUGGUUGGUUUUGUGUUUACACUGAUUGGGCCGACUGUAUUAUGGGUGGCGACAUUAGAUCAGCAUAUGACAAACAGUUACUUUAUUAUGUUCGGAUUUCUGUGUAACGGAUUAAGUGAUUCUAUUCAGAUUAUUAUAUCCCAGAAGAUAGUUGCCAAGAACUUUUCUUCAUCAAACAGAGGAAUAAUAAUGGCAGUUCUUAGCGAAAGUAUCUGUAUUGGAAUGCUGCUGUUUUCCGUUGUGUAUUACAUCAUUCCGUUAAAGAAUCACAGAUUUCAGCAGCUGAUGAUAUUUCUAUUUUUCUUUAGUGUAUUUGUGUAUAUAUUCUGUUUUUUGUUUCUUCGAGAAGUUCAAUCUCAAACAGAUUAUACAAACAUAUUGCAUGAAGAUGAUAAUCCCGAACCAAAUGUGAGUAGUUUGAAUGAACAUUCGAAAGACGUUAUACUAAAAAAGACAUUCAUGCAAAUUAUAAAAGACCCAAACUAUCAGUUGUUAGCCUGGUUGUCAACGCUAGCAUUUGCCACAGGUUCGGUGUUAAAAACCAACUUAACUGUGUUGAGUCAAGUUUCGGGUUUGAGUAGUUUUGAUUCGUACAUUUUUAUUUAUGUUCCUGUAUUUUCAUCAAUCGGUGGUAUCGUUGUUGGAUUAUUGUCAGAUAAAUUGCGUGACUCGUUGACAAGACUCCCCUUUCUUUUAAUUGUGUGUGUCCUACAGACACUAUGUUCUUUUAUUAAUAUUUUUCUUGUUAAAAACAAGGCUUUGAUAGUUUUAUCUGCAUUUUUAACCGGAACAGCGUUAGGUUCUUCGUAUGCUUUAGUUAGCUCUGUGGUGAGUGAAAUGUUUCACAUUGACAAUUAUAACAGAAAUUAUGGUAUGAUUAAAGGAGCUCAUGCAGUUACUGCCCUUUUACUCCAAUAUCUCUUUGGAUUAUUUUAUGAUGCGAAUGUAAGUGAUUCGGAAUUGUUUUGCAAAGGUUUGCAUUGCACUGAAAUGGGAUACACUAUGAAUACUAUUAUAAGUUUAAUACCAGUUUUACUCUGUGUAUGUCUUUUAAAAAGGACCGCAUUAAAAAUUACCAAAUAA